GAGGCAAAGGAGGCUCGAGCGAUCUAUCAUGCCAACAGAGCCAUGUGCCACCUGCAGCUGGCAAGUUGAAGGACCUUGGGAACUCCGUUCUGGGGCACUUUGGAAUGAGCAUUGACAAUUUCAAGGCGGUGAAGGAUCCAAACACUGGCUCCUACUCCAUUUCGUACCAGAGCUAGAACAAAGCCCUUUUGGAAGCAGAGGUCAUCAAGGCACGGGGGAACGAGGAGUACAAGCGGGGUGACUAUAACGCAGCUCUGGAGAGCUACAGUAACGCGCUGGCAGCAGCGCCAGGGGUCGAGCACGAGGAGGCAAAGGAGGCUCGAGCGAUCUAUCAUGCCAACAGAGCCAUGUGCCACCUGCAGCUGAAGGAUUACGACGCAUGUGUGAAGGAGAGCACAGCAGCCAUGGAUCUGAAGCCGGACUAUCUCAAGGCGAUCAUGCGGCGGGCCCAGGCGUGGGAGAAGCUGGACAAGCUGGAAGAAGCACUGGGAGAUUUGAAGAAGGUGCUUGAGUUGGACAGCACCAAUGCUCAAGCCAGAUCUGCUGCUAGGCGACUGGAGCCCAUUGUGGAGGAAAGGAGGGAAAAGCUCAAAGAGGAGAUGCUAGGCAAGUUGAAGGACCUUGGGAACUCCGUUCUGGGGCACUUUGGAAUGAGCAUUGACAAUUUCAAGGCGGUGAAGGAUCCAAACACUGGCUCCUACUCCAUUUCGUACCAGAGCUAGAACGUCUUCAAUAGUGUAGCUAUUACCAUAUAUUAUAUCCUUUCAAACAAAAGCCAGUGUACCCGAUAAUGGAUGGGAGGGAAUACGUGACGUGUAAUUGAUUCCAACAU